UCCCUAAUUUAAAGGUUAGAGAACAAGCGUCGAUCAACUGAGAAAAUCAUUUUCUAAAUUCUGUAAACAAGAACUAGAAAUUAGAAGCUGCUGUAUUGAUAUUAUCUUGGUUUUUACGUGAAUACGAGUCCUCAUAAAAUGGAGACUUCUAACAUAAUCAUUACUAAUAUUUUUAAGCCUUUCCAAGAUCAUAUCAAUUCUGAACAGGAUACUAGAGAGGAAAUCCGUAGCAUUAUGAAAGAUAUCGAAAAGCCACUUAGGGAAAUUAUAACUCAACUGCAAGUGAUCCAUCAUAAGGAAAAUUGUAAUGAAAUUGGAAUAGCUUGUUUAAAAUCUAGAGAAUUAUUUGAAGAAGUUCGAAGUGGUUUUGAUAAAUUAGAUAAAAUAAUUCCAGAAGGGCAGUAUUAUAGGUAUAAUGAUCAUUGGAGGUAUCCUACCCAACGUUUAUGCUAUCUGGCAGCUUUAGUUGUGUAUCUUGAAAAAGGUUUCUUGAUUGAAAAGGCUACUGCUGCUCAAAUCAUUGGAAUGGAUGGGAAGAAACAUCUUCAUUUAGACCUAGAAGACUAUCUUAUGGGAUUGUUAAAUUUAGCUACAGAACUAUCAAGAUUUGCUGUCAAUUCUGUCACUUAUGGUAACUACAGUCGACCAUUGGAGAUUUCCAAAUUUGUGGCUGAACUUAAUGCUGGUUUUCGUUUAUUAAAUUUAAAAAAUGAUUCUUUACGAAAACGAUUUGAUGCUCUGAAAUACGAUGUUAAAAAAAUAGAAGAAGUAGUAUACGAUCUCUCGAUUAGAGGUCUACUUCCAGGUGGUGAUCCAGUUUCUACAGAAUCAACCUGAUCUUCAAGCAAUUAGAUAAGAAUAAUAUUGAUUUUAUUGUAAAUUUAUGAUGAAAUAAUUUUUUUACUAAAAAAUUUUAAUAACAUCUUCUCAAUAGAA